CACCCGAUUUCUGUUGUAGCCCACAAACGCAUUCCUCUCUUUCCCUGCCUCACUCUCAUUUUGCGGUUCCACUCUCACAGCUCGCUCUCUCUCAUGGCGAAUCUAGCACGCUUCUCCAAGAGAGCCCUAAGAAGCGCACACGCAUUAGCGAAGCACCACGUGCAAACGCAACUGCAACCUCAGCUCCUGGUAGCGGAACGCACGUUUGCGACGGAAGCAGCGAAAUCGAUCACUCCUUCGCCGGAUCGGGUGAAGUGGGAUUACAGAGGGCAGAGGAAGAUAAUCCCGUUGGGGCAGUGGCUCCCCAAAGUGGCCGUCGAUGCUUACGUGGCACCCAACGUUGUCCUCGCCGGCCAAGUCACCGUUUGGGAUGGAGCCUCCGUUUGGCCCGGUUCCGUUCUCCGAGGCGAUCUCAACAAGAUCACAAUCGGAUUCUGCUCCAAUGUUCAGGAGCGCUGUGUUCUUCACGCCGCUUGGUCUUCUCCCACAGGCCUUCCGGCUGAGACUUCAAUCGAAAGGUAUGUGACAAUUGGGGCAUACAGCCUGUUGAGGUCCUGCACUAUUGAGCCAGAGUGCAUUAUUGGGCAACACUCCAUCCUCAUGGAAGGUUCAUUGGUGGAAACACAAUCAAUACUUGAAGCUGGAUCCGUAGUUCCCCCAGGAAGGAGAAUUCCAUCAGGUGAAAUUUGGGCAGGAAAUCCAGCCAGGUUUGUGAGGACUUUGACCCAUGAAGAAAUCUUAGAAAUUCCCAAACUUGCAGUUGCAAUAAAUGAUCUGAGCAGAGACCAUUACUCAGAGUUCCUUCCCUAUUCCACAGUGUAUUUGGAGGUUGAGAAGUUUAAGAAGUCCUUGGGUAUUUCUGUUUGAUGCCUUUUAUUGUCUUUCUUCAAUGUAUCUGUUAGUUGGAGUUUUGCUUGUAAGGAAAUAAGAAUCCAAACAAAGAGAGCAAGCUUUUGUGUUUUCUUUGUAUUCUUGCUGAAAGUAUUGGCUUAAAACCUCAUGUCUACAUAAUCUUCUGGAGUAAUAUGUUAAGAGAUAAGAUGUAUCUUCUGAGGUUUGGGCAUUAAUUUUUUGCUACCAAUUGGGCAGAUUCUUUGUUUCUCCCUUUUUGUGUCGUAUGCUCCAUUUGCUAGAAACACACAAAGAAUUCCUAACUGGUCGGGAACGGCCAACCUUUAUCCACUUUGUAGGCAUGAACUACAGGGAUGCACUCGUUCAUUUGAGCUCUAAGUUGAAGCUUCCCUAGUAAAGUGUCUCAUUAGUUCUUUGACGAAGUAAUGUUACUUUGCACACCUUUUUCCAGAGUUAUACUCAAAGAGUCCUGACAUACAUUUUCAAU